CUGCGGCGCGGCGCGUGAGCCGCUCGCGCGCGUGCGCGGGGGAGGUUGCUGGGCUCGAGCGAUGGCGGAGGAGGCCGCCGGGCCCGAGGCGCUGAGCGUGCGCGAGGUGCAGGAGCUGGUCCGCAGGAAGGAUGAGCUCGAGGCCCAGAUCAAAGCCUGCUACGCCGUGCUGGAGGGGCAGAAGGGAGUCGGGAUGCACGAGCCGCUGGUCGAUGCUGAAGGGUAUCCGCGUGCCGAUGUUGACGUGUACCAAGUCCGUGCGGCCAGGCACAACGUUAUCUGUUUACAGAAUGAUCACAAGGCCCUAAUGCUGCAAGUGGAAAAAGCUCUCCACCAGCUGCAUGCGCGAGAGAAGGAGAAGCAGGCAAAGGAUGAGGCAGAAGCUCAGGCUGAGGCAAUGAAUCAGAACCCGAGUCUGCCACAGCCCUUCGCAAGAGUGAAUGCCAUCACACCAGGCUCUCCUGCUAGCAUCUCGGGAUUACAGGUUGAUGAUGAGAUCAUUGAGUUUGGCUCUGUCGACACACACAACUUCCAGACACUGCAGAAUAUUGCCACCGUGGUGCAGCACAGCGAAGGGGUGAGCAGGUUACCAGCUUCGGCUGAGUUCUAUUUGCAGUCUUUGAACAGAAGGUGCUGUUUGUUUUCUUGCAUUUCAGAAACCUCUGAGUGUGACCGUGAUCCGUGGCGGCAAGAAAUUACACCUCGGGCUCACACCAAAGCAGUGGGCUGGGAAAGGACUGCUGGGCUGCAAUAUUCUCCCCUUGCAAAGAUGACUGGCUUGGAAGACAAUAAGAUCAAAGUUUGUGCUUUUUGAACUCCAACCUGGUUUGAAAAGUUCCCUUUGCAACCUACAUCUACUUGCUGAAGCUGGAAUGUUUAUGAUGGGUUCCGAGGCUCUGACCUCCAGCCUGCUGGAUAUACUACACCUGAAUUGCUUUCAACAGACUUGCACCUGGUCAUGAUCAGUAAUUUUACUGAUUCAUAGGGAAUAGAUUGUAGAGUCAUAGGACCUGAUUCUGACUUCACUUGCACUGAUGAAAAUCUGGUGUGAGAUCAAAGUGAGGUCCAUGCUUUUUCUUUAGUUAGAAUCCUUGCCAAAUUAUUCUGUAACAUUUAGUGAAUGUUUUUUUCUGUCUGUUCAUGGGAAGUAACAUUUACCAAUAAAGAGUUACGCUGGG